ACCAGAACACCCGUUUUUUUCUGCCCCGUUCGUUUUCUCCUCCGCAUUCAGUUCAUCGUCUUCCUCCGCUUCCUCUCCCAAUCGACACACCACGGUCUAGCGUGAUAUCUCAUUGAAUUCCAGCAAACAUGGAAAGAUUGCGCAGAUGGACCUAUUCGAUUACUGUAUGAGUUGAAGAGGAAAGUGCGGUCGCCUCAGCAUCCCAAGUUACUCCAGUUUGUCGUCCUCUCCCUCUUUUGCUGAAUCUGAUAACCUCCGCUUCAUCUUCCAAUUUCCUGCUACUUCGAGCAUUCUGCAUCUCACGUCAUGUCUGCUCCGUUGUGCCCCCUUUCUGCUCCAACUAUGAAAUACCGUGGAGAAAAGAGGCGAUAAAGGGAACAGAGGGAGUGUUGUCUUUCAUACAUCGAUCAAUUUAGAGGAUUUAGAGAGAUUAUUUCGGUUUUGUUCAUUGAUUCAACUCGGAUUGGUGCCGAAGAUCGCCUGGCACCACUCUAAAGGAUGUCGGGCGCUGGACAGGCCAUAGAACAACGCAUCGCCACCUUCCCGGCUAACAAGAUGGAGGCAAAGGCUACGGAAGAUGAGCAUCAACGGCGCCCGAACGAUGGCGGUGGAUGUAAUCCGGUGAAGAAACCUGGUCCUGUUUCCAUGGAUCACGUACUGCUCGCUCUCAGGGAAACUAAGGAGGAGCGGGAGGUGAGGAUCCGAAGUCUCUUUAACUUCUUUGAUACUGCAAGUGCCGGCUUCCUCGACUGCGCGCUGAUUGAAGCCGGCCUGUCGUCUCUUCAUAUCCCUGCUGACUACAAGUACGCUCGGGAUCUACUCAAGGUCUGCGAUGCCAACCGUGAUGGUCGCGUGGAUUACCUGGAGUUCAAGCGUUACAUGGACGAUAAGGAGCUGGAACUUUACCGUAUUUUCGAAGCCAUUGAUGUUGAGCAUAAUGGGUGCAUCUUACCCGAGGAGCUUUGGGAUGCACUCGUCAAGGCUGGAAUUGAGAUUGAUGAUGAGGAGCUAGUCCGCUUUGUAGAGCAUGUUGAUAAGGAUAAUAAUGGACUCAUAACUUUUGAAGAGUGGAGGGACUUUCUUCUGCUUUACCCACAUGAGGCGACCAUUGAGAACAUCUACCAUUAUUUGGAAAGAGUUUGCCUAGUGGAUAUUGGUGAACAGACUGUUAUUCCAGAAGGGGUCAGUAAGCAUGUAAAUGCAAGUAAAUAUUUGAUUGCUGGUGGAGUUGCUGGAGCUGCUUCUCGCACAGCUACCGCUCCUCUUGACCGUCUCAAAGUACUAAUGCAAGUGCAAACUAAGUGUGCUCAAAUUAUUCCUGCAAUAAAGGACAUAUGGAGAAAUGGACGAUUCCUGGGUUUUUUUAGAGGGAAUGGGUUAAAUGUGAUUAAGGUUGCACCUGAGAGUGCAAUUAGAUUUUAUGCCUAUGAAAAACUAAAAGAGUUGAUUGGAACUGCCGAAGGAGAAGAAAAGAAAGACAUAGGUGCUACCGGACGCCUAAUUGCUGGUGGCCUUGCCGGUGCAGUUGCACAGACUGCUAUUUAUCCUUUGGAUCUUGUGAAGACACGAUUGCAGACUUAUGCUUGUGAUGGAGGAAAGGUUCCGAAGCUGAGUACACUGUCAAGAAAUAUAUGGGCUCAAGAAGGACCCCGUGCCUUCUACAGAGGUCUAAUCCCUUCUCUUUUGGGGAUGGUCCCUUAUGCUGGAAUAGAUCUUGCGGCCUAUGAGACCCUAAAAGAUAUGUCUAGAACAUAUAUUCUUAAAGAUGAGCCUGGUCCUCUUGUGCAAUUGGGCUGCGGAACCGUAUCUGGAGCUUUGGGAGCAACAUGUGUUUAUCCGUUACAGGUUAUUAGAACAAGAAUGCAAGCUCAACGUGCUGAUUCAGCCAAUGCAUAUAAAGGAAUGUCAGAUGUAUUCUGGAGAACCCUCCAGCAUGAAGGGUUUUCUGGAUUCUACAAAGGAUUGCUUCCAAAUUUACUCAAAGUGGUUCCUUCAGCAAGCAUCACUUAUGUUGUUUAUGAAUCAAUGAAGAAAAGCCUUUCCCUUGAUUAAAUGCAAAGUAUAGAGAUUAAAAUUGACAUGUCUGACUAUAGAGAACGAAGAAGAUAAUGACGAUAAAGUAACCGAUGCAGUUGGUCAUUUUAUUAUUUUACACAGUAGUUUACUUCUAGAUAAAGUCAAACAUUGAGUAUUUUUUUUGGUUAUCUCCUUUAGAAAAUCAAUAAAGUUGGAAUGUAAAGGUGAUUUCCACGGACUGAUCUUCCAGGUAUUUCUUUCUACCCCAGGCUGAUGCCUGUAUUUUUCUCUUUGAAGAUAGAAAAUAAUUGUUAAUGUAAAAUGCUAUUAAUAAUUUUUGUCCUUCAGUAAAUUCAUAAGAAGAGAUGUAACUUCAUUUUUAUAUCAUCUUACCUCUAUUUACAUUA